AUGUCUACUCAAACGAGAUGUUUAUCUUUAAUAGUACGAUCAUCGUUCAAUUAUCCACAUUCAUCUUUGAUCAUUGCUACCUCCUCGUCUACUUGUAGGAAUGUACUCAAACCUAAUACUAUAUAUAAUAGCAGCAACAGCAGCAACAACAACAACAACAACAACAACACAUUUCAACCUCGUUUGAAUAAGCAAUUGAUUUCAACAACAUCAACUUUUCUAUCAUCUUUAUCAUCAUCAUCAUCAUCGAGUACAUUUUCCUCUCUAUCUGCAUCGAUUCGACAAUAUAGUAGUAGAACAACUUUAUCCAAAAAAUUAGACUUUUCAAAGAACAACGAUAAAGACGAAGAUGAAGAUACUGAUGCUGAUGAUGAACUUGUCAAUGCUAAUCAACAACAACAACAACAACAACCAAGAGAUAUAACAAAUCAAAACCAAUUCUUUCACUGGAAUAGAAUAACAAAGAAAAAGCAUUUGGAUGAAAGAAUAUGGAAAUCUAUAAAACAACAACUAUGGUACAAUCCAACUGAAAUUCAAUCUGAAAUCAUUCCAAUCAUGCUUGAUAAUAGAAAUGUAUUAGCAUCAAGUCAAACAGGUAGUGGAAAGACAGCAUCCUAUUUAAUACCAAUAUUACAAAUCAUAUCAAAUAUAAAGAAAAAAAUUGAUCAAGAUAUUUUAAAUCCUCCAAAAGAAGAAGAGGAACAAGAUGAAUCAUUAAAUCAAAAAGAAGAUGUACAAGAAGAGGAAGAAGAAGAAGAAGAAGAAGAAAAAGAAAAAGAAAAAGAAAAAGAAAAGAAAUGGAGUCACCAAGAUAAAUAUGGAGUUAAACCUCGAUUAAUUGGUAUACCAGAUAUUGGAAUUAAUAAUUAUGGUACAUUGGAAAAAGGAAAGGAUCCAUUAGCACUAAUUUUAGUGCCAAGCAAAGAUUUGGCCGUACAAGUAACAAGAGAUAUGGAUCAAUUGAAUAGAUUUAUGGCACUAAAGGUUGUUUCUAUUAUUGGUGGUGUCGGUGAGCAUACACAACGUGAAUCACUUGGACGUGGUUGCGAUGUUUUAAUAGCUACUCCUGGUCGUCUUUUGGUACUUUUGGAGAGCGGUGCAGUGUCACUCUCCAAGGUACAUAUAACUGUGGUCGAUGAAUUUGACAAACUUUUCAACAUGGGAUUCUUCCCAGAUACCAAACAAAUAUUCAAAGACUAUCUACCAAGAAUCGCAAAUAGAUCAAGACCAAUGGGAAUGCAAACAUCACUCAUAUCUGCAACCAUUGUACACGAAAAGUAUGAUGAUCUCAUCACAAGAUUUGCACCAAAUCAUAUCAUGGUCAAUUUAAAUCAAGAACUAAAGGCACCAGAUCAAGUUAGACAACAUUUUUACCAAGUUUCCUAUCGAAAAAAGAGAGCACUUUUGAUGUACUUUUUCAGAAGAUCACCUGCCUCCAAGACAUCACUUAGAGGUAGAAAGGUAUUGGUAUUUGCUCGUACACAACAACGUGUGGAAAAUCUCAAACAAUCAUUUAUGGAGAAGAAAAUUGGUGUCGUUGCCAUUCACGCAGAUAUGAGCAUGGCGGCACGUAACAAUGCUUUGAUUUCAUUCAAAGAGGAUGACGAUCUCAAGGUUUUGGUUUGUACCGACGUAAUGACAAGAGGUAUUCAUAUUGACUGUUUGGAUGCAGUAGUUAAUUUUGACGUUCCACAUGUCUCUGAAGAUUAUCUUCACAGAAUUGGUCGUGCAGGCAGACUUGGACGUCAAGGGUUUUCAUUGACCUUUGUUUCACGAGAGAGUUUGGUAUUUGAAGUUGGAAAGCGUACUGUUGGUCUCAAUGAAGGUCAUCUUUUGACAAACAUUGAAAGACUAAUGGGUAAACAGGUACUCAUCUCUAAAGUUCCAGGUCCUUGGACAGAAGACGAUAUACAAGGUAGUACUGAUGGUAGUGAUAUUACAAUCAGAGUAUCAGAAGAAGAUGGUAGAGAAGAGGAUUUCGAUGAAUACGAUUAUCAAGCAAGAGAGGAGGAGGAAGAAGAAGAAACUCGACCAAAAAGAAAACAAGAAAGUGAAAAGCCAAGGUCCAUAGUCGAUAGAGAAUAUAAAAAGAGUGGAGUCAAAGAGAAAAAGGCAGUGACUGAUAUGUUGUUGAAACAAAAAGUAUUGGAAUCAUUUAGAGGACCUCCAACCAGAGAUGGACUUCCUCGUGUCAGAUUCAAUCCCAAUGCUAAACUCAAGAAUAGAAGAAUGUCAAAGGUAAUAGUCGAUAGAAAGGGAGAGAUACAUGACCUACCACCAAUCACUGAUUUCGAAAGCGGCCGAUACGAAUCGGUUGUCCAAGAAUUUGACAGAAAGAGAGCAUCGAAAAGAGGAGUUGGUCUCAAGGAAAAGAAUAUCAAGGUUUUCACACCAUCAAAGAUUAUGACCAAGAGACAAGAGAACAAGUUGAAAGAUUUGGAAACAAAAAAAGAUAAAUAA